GUUAUACGCACAUAAAAAAAACUCAGGCAGCUUCUCCAUUGAACCUAGACUUUUACCCAAACAAAAAAAAUCAGGCAGCUAUGGAGGAGGCUAUAGUUCUGUACCCAACACCAGCCAUAGGCCACCUGAUCUCCAUGGUAGAGCUUGCCAAACUGAUACUCACCCACCAGCCUUCACUCACCAUACACAUACUCAUUGCCCCCCAACCUUACAACGCCGGUUCCACCGCUCCAUACAUAGCCGCUGUCUCUGCCACCAUCCCCUCCAUCACCUUCCACAAUCUCCCCAACGUUGAUCUCCGUCCCACCUCCUCUCCCAACCAUGAAGCACUUACCUUUGAGCUCCUCCGCCUCAACAAUCCUAAUCUCCACCAAUCUCUCCUAUCCAUCUCCAAAAGCUACACCAUUCACGCACUCAUCAUGGAUUCUUUCUGCUUCCACGCUCUCUCUGUUGCAGAAAAACUCAACAUCCCUGGCUACUAUUUUCACACUUCCUGUGCCGGUAGUCUCUCUUGCUUCCUAUAUCUCCCCACCAUGCACAAAAACACCAGCAAAAGCUUCAAAGACCUUAACACCCUUCUUGACUUUCCUGGCGUACCACCCAUACCAUCCUCCGAUACGCCGAAACCAUUACUUGACCGUAACGAUGAGGCCUACGACUGCUUUCUAAACUGUGCAUUCAGCAUGGCUAAAUCAGCAGGAAUAAUUAUCAAUUCUUUUGAAGCGCUGGAGCCAAGAGUUAACAAAGCAAUAUCAGAUGGGCUAUGCGUCCCGGACGGUCCAACACCUCCUAUUUUCUGCAUAGGACCUCUGAUAGCAGCUGGUGGCAAGGAAAGAAAUGGUGGUGGCGGAGAAGCCGUGCCGGAGUGCUUAAGGUGGCUUGACUUGCAACCGAGUGGAAGCGUAGUCUUUCUGUGUUUCGGAAGCUUGGGGUUGUUUUCAAUUGAACAGUUGAAGGAGAUAGCUAUAGGGUUGGAAAGGAGUGGGUUAAGGUUCAUGUGGGUGGUGCGCAAUCCACCGACUCAGGACCAUGGCUUGGCCGUCACAGCCCAACCUGAGCCGGACUUGGAUCUGUUGCUUCCGGAGGGUUUCUUGGAACGGACCAAGGAGAGAGGCCUGGUAGUGAAGUCUUGGGCCCCACAGGUGGCCGUGUUGAACCAUGACUCGGUUGGUGGGUUUGUGACUCACUGCGGCUGGAACUCGGUGCUCGAAGCGGUGUGCGCGGGCGUGCCGAUGGUCUCUUGGCCGCUCUACGCUGAGCAAAGGUUCAAUAGGGUGAUAUUGGUGGAGGAAAUAAGAAUUUCUUUGCCAAUGAACGAGUCCGAGAAUGGGUUUGUGGAUGCAGCCGAGGUGGAGAGACGAGUUAGAGAGUUGAUGGAGUCAGAGGAGGGCAACUCGAUCAGGGCGAGAACCUUGUCUAUGAAAAAUGAAGCCAAGGCUGCACUCAGUAAGGGCGGAUCGUCUCGUCUGGCUUUAGCCAAAUUCGUUGAGUCGUGGAAACAGUGUUGAGUGGAGUCCUUAUAUACGCUUGUUUCUUAUAUUGUUUUGAUCUUGCUUCUUUCGAAUGAAUAUAUAUAUAUAUAUAUAUGGCUUCAUUA